CAACAUUAUGCGAUCGGCUUGAAUGUUUGGAUGUUUAUGCCUAGAGAGUUCCAGAGGAACCUAACGUGAAUACGUGAAACAUGUCGGCGUCCAUGGUACGAGCCACGGUCAGAGCGGUCAGCAGAAGGAAACUCUUGCCCACAAGAGCUGCAUUAACCUUGACUCCCUCAGCUGUGAGCAAGAUCAAAGUACUCCUGCAGGAUAAACCAGAAUAUAUUGGAAUGAAAGUUGGUGUGAGGACACGAGGUUGUAAUGGCCUGACCUACACACUUGACUACACAAAAGAAAUGGACAAGUCAGAUGAGGAGGUGCUUCAGGAUGGUGUCCGUGUGUUCAUUGCGAAGAAAGCCCAGCUCACACUCCUUGGGACAGAAAUGGACUUUGUAGAAACUAAGCUCUCCAGCGAGUUUGUGUUCAACAAUCCCAACAUCAAGGGCACGUGUGGCUGUGGAGAGAGCUUCAACAUCUGAGACAGACCUCCAGUCAUGCACCAGCCCAGCCCAGCCCAACCCUUAGCCCCCCUCCCCCUCCCCCUGUUGCGUGUAGACACACACACUCUGCCCUGCUUCUGAGUGAGGAAUUAAAGAUCUUUGGAGAUGAAGAGACUUGAAGAACAGAUGAGUGUUCAGUUGACUGUUGGGACUCGAUAACCUCUGACCCCUGUGCUGCACCCUACCACACAUCUGCAAGCGCACACGCACAUGCGCGCGCGCGCACACACACACACACACACACACACACACACACACACACACACACACACACACUGUAACUCACCUAUGGUCAUCUUGCUUACAUAAAAUCUCUAAACUCUCUGAUCUGCACAUACUUAGCAACCAAGGGGAGUAGAGAGAUAAGGGGCACUCCAUACUGAUCAAAGAACUGAGGAGGCUAGAUGGGAACAUGGUGACUUGGGCUGUGUGCCAUAUGUAGAAUUGGUUGGGGCUUGAUCCCAAGUGCUCUCUGCUGGUCGAGGCCUACUGGUUAACCCCUCCCCACUCCAGUGGUGGUUUGGGCAUGUUGCUAAGGAGGCACAGCCACCUGUGGCUGGUAUGCUCCUCCCUUGGCAACAGUACAGAGGUGCAAGAGGCUGUUUCUAAUUUCGGUCAGUUGUGUGCCAGUGAGAAAGCAUUUGUCUCUAUGUGGGCGUCUUCCUUCGCUGUCGUCAGUGCAGGCCAUUUGGGCACAUUCUCCAACUCCCUCUAGGGAUUAUGGACAUGUCUGUAAGUUAAUACUGAUUUGAUCUGGUUUGGGUGUGCCCCUGAGUCAAUGGUAGUCCAGUCAUGAUGAUGUGUAUCAUUAUAUGCCAGUGUUAUUGUGGUGUAGGGACCUCACUUUGCCUCAAAGAAAACAUGCUGAUGUGAGUGUUCUCAGUGGUCCUUCAUGUGUCAAAAGAACUCUGAUCAGCAAUCGAACUCCCGCAGCACAGGAGGUCAUGUGCUUAUGUCUUUUUUUUUUUUCUUUUUGAGUCUCUUUGAAAUUGUUUGCACAUCAUAAGUUAUGUGGUUGUAAAAAUAUGAAUUCAUGUACAUAGAAGGAAUGUAAAAUGCCCUUAAACUCGAAACGCACAAAAUAAACACGGAAAGUGCCAUGCUUUCCAUCAAGUA